CUCAUCCUCCAAUUUGAAGUUUUCUGCCCUCCGCUCCUACAACAAAUGGUACUGGCGGAUGGGACGACGCUUGAAGACACAGAUACAAACAGACAACAAUGACAAGGUCACAACUUUAUAAAUCUUCAUCACAACCUUGAAGAGAGAACCAAAAAUUCAGCUCCCAUUUCUGUCGAAGCAGAGAUUGCACUUCGUCCAGCACUAGAAACGUUUGGUUUACGUUUUCAACAGUUGAGAAUGUGGCGGUGAUUGGAGAUUCUGAAGUGGCUAGUUUGCUUUUCCUAAGCAGCGAUGGCCGAGUGUGCGAACUCGCCAUCGUCUCUCGAGCUGCCUGUGUGGAAAGGCUGCGGCAGAGUGGGGAGAUGCAAUGUGCCUCGGAGCUGUCAUCUCUCAACGCCUCACAGUCGCAAGAAUUUCAGGAGAAGUAGCAAGUUUGAGCUGAUCUUUACUCCGAAAUGGGCUCCAGCUCGAACAUUGAAACCUGUAGUAAGUCCUUUGCGGAAGGAUGGUUCGUGGAGUUGUAGUUGCUUGGCAGCUUUGGCGGACCCUGAUGGUGCAACGCUCUCUGAUUGGGUUUCUGUUAGCAAUCAGCUGCUUCUCAUGACCAGCAUAUUUCUUACUUACAUGGCUGGGGUAAUUCCAGUCCAGAAGUCUCAUUCCUCUUCACAGAAGACUGUGUUGGAAGAGAAUUCAGUGCGUAAAAACUGGAAGUCUCCUGGUGGGGCUAGGAACAGCAACGACCAGGUUAACUCAAAUCAGGCCUGGAAUGAUGUAAAAGCUAAACUCUUGGAUUCUUUAGAUGCCGUAGAGCACAGCAGUUAUUUGGUUGAAGACUUCCUCAAGUCGGAGAAGCAACAUCCAAACCGUCCACUAAGUUUGGAUGCUGUGUCUGGAGGAUCAAAGCUGCACUUACUUUGGGCUUCGUUUUAUCACCUUGAGGAAGAGGCAGGCACCGUAAAUGACGUAUUAGGUGAUAACGAUGCAGUUACCUUGGAUGGGUGGAUGGCAAUGUUCCCAAAAGUUAUCAAUGAUUCUUGUCAUGCUGUAUGCAUGACCUGGCUUAAAGAGGAGCUUCAGCUUGAAAGUAAUAAAUCUGACAAGGUGCUAGCUUCUUUGAUGAUUGAGAAGUUAAAAAGAGACGAUGCUGCAUUACGAAAUAUUAGAAAGUCUGGCAAGGAAGAUCUUUAUGCAGAGCUACUCUACUUUCUUAAAUUUGGGUCUGCUAGGAAUGCUCGUUUGUAUGAUCAUAGCCUGUUUGUAACGCAUGGAGAUUCCAUAUUAGAGGAUUUGGUCAUAAACAUAGCUGAUGGUAUAGCUAAUUUGUAUUUAGAGCUUAUAUCUGUAGAUGGAAGUUUGCCGGAUGGAAUGAAUGACCUUGGUACGGCUAUGUGCAGUUUGUCAACUCGAGCACUGCAACGGUUACGCAAUGAGAUUGCUCUGAAUCAGUGGUUGUAUCAGAAUAUGGAAACUGUUGCAUCGAUAUACGAAGAUCGUUUUGAUCUGUGUAUUCUUCAACUGAAAGCGAUCAAGGAACCAACCCAUACUCAGGAGGGUGAUAACACUAGUUGGUGGAAACGGCUUUCUCUUACGAAAUCUGUCGCAGUAUCAUCUUCAUUUGAUUGCAUUGUCAUCUGCCAGUUCCGUAUGCCUGCAAAAAGGACCAAAGAGUUAAGGGCUUUGAUAGGAUGGAGAUACUACUACAGUCUAUACCUGGAGUUAUAUGACAUUGGAUUGCCAUUGGUUAGAGCAGUUAUUGAUAAAAUCAGCAGCGCCAUCUCAUUUUUUCUUGUUACCUUGAUUGGAAGGUCCCUAGGCCUCAUCUACUCUGGCAUUAGACAGUCCCUGCGCUGGAAAUGAGAUUGGAUGCGAUACAUAAUUUCUGGUUAGAUAUUAUUGCUCGAUUUACUUGCUAGGCUUGCUUUUGUGGCUUGGCGUGUAAGUAGUCGGGUGUCGAAAAAGUGGAUUUGCUUCUUAAUUCCUGGCUGAAGCCUUCAGUUUUGCUGCAUGCUUCUCGCCCUUAGUUAUUUCAUGGAAGUCUGAAGCCCGGGUAUGGAGUAAGUUCAACGCAAAGGACCAGGCAUUGCUUACUGAUGGUGGGAGGCAGACAUGUCGACGGGAACUCUAGAACUGUUGCAGCUGGUUUGAGUUUUGGGUAGCAGUUUCCUGGCAUUGAAAUUCGGCGAACAUAGCUAUGAGGAACUUGGGGUGAGGAUUUUGUUACAAACUAUUUUUUCACGUAGAAUAAGCUGCUUAUCUCAUUUCUACUUGUUCUUAUAAUAAUACUGUUCUGCUAUUAUUGAUGGAUAUAACGUCCGUGUGCGUUACCAUGACGAAUAAAAUUUUAUUCCACCUCUCAUCUGCAUGUAGG